AUGCGCGGGCUCGACGCGUACUUUACGACACCCAACUACCGCGACGGGACCCUCGCCGGUCGCAUCUCGGUCGCUCAGAUGGACGCCUUUCAAGUGACAGCCGAUGCGAGCAUUCUCGAGGUGUCGCCCGACCUUCGUCGCUCCGAGCGCCGCAACGCCGAGCUCCGUCGCGCGUGUCUUCGGGAUGAGUACGUCAAGGAGUCGGUGCGGCGCGCGUGCUCUGCGCUCCAUGCCACCGAGGUGCACGCUGCAAUCCAGCUGCUGCUCGCUGCUGUCGACGACGCGAUCUUCAACGAGUUGCUGCACGGGGCCAGCGGACCCGCCGCUGGCCUUUUUGCGCGCUUGGAGGCGGCGACGGAGCAGUACGCACAGUCCCUUCUCUGGCGGUCGUUUGCCAAAGCCCACUGCAGCGCUGACCCGAGCUUCGACGCUGCCGUGCUGGACUUGACCAAGAUCCUGAUGCUCGCACGCGCAUGGCCCGUCGACGUGACGAGCUCGUUCGAGCAGACCAAGCCUCUCUCGUACGAGCUGCUCAAGCAGCAAAUGAUGGCGCACCUUGAGGGCGAGUAUUGCUUCUACUGCCACUCCAAGGCGCAUGCCGACGCCGUGUGCCACCGCCUUGCGCAGGCGCGUCACAGGAGCCGCGUGCGGGCCGGGUACAUGCUGCCCAGCGACACGAGAUAUCCGUCGCUGAGCGACGGUCCGUACCUUCAAAUGUCGACGCGCCGCUUCUGCACAGCCUGCCAGUCGACACGCCACGAAGAAGGUCACUGCCCUCGCAGCGACACACUGCUGGAGGCAGCCCACCACGGGUCGGCGAUGAAAGCCGAAGACGGCGGCGUCUUGCACGAAGACAACAGCAGCGAGCACGACGUGCAAGACAAUACGGCUGCUGCCCGACCACCAGCUGUACACGACCGAACGCUGUCGUCCGAGAGCACUUGGUACGAGGAGCCGGUGCUGACAGACAUGGCAACCUUCCCGCAAUGGAAAGCCGCGUUCCUCGCGCGCGCCGACUCGCACUUCUACGUCGAGUUCUACACAAUGGCCGACGCGGAGGCCGACCACAAGCUCGUCACUCCCGCCGAGCUGCGCGAGAUGAACGCAAGUGCUCUGGCCGCCGAGCCGUCUCUGCCGCCUCGGGCAACGAUCGCCGACCACGACAUGCGUACACGUCAACGCCUUCGCCACGUGCACGGACUGUUGCAAGCGAAACGAGCCGCCAACACAAGCGCGGUCAGCCACGAGGCCGCGGCGUACCUUCGAUCUGCCGUCGACGCAUCGCUCCACGGCCUCUUUGCCGACGAUGCGUCGCCCUUCGACAUGUGGCAAAACCUCGUCGGCAGCUACUGCGUCAGCAACCACGGCAGUAAAACGGCGUUGCUCGAGCACUUGGCAGCGAUGACGUACUCACCAAAGUGCAAUGUCGCGCUCUUCCUUGAGCGGCUCGAGGCGGCUGUCGCACGCUACGCUGCGCUCGCGCUUCCACCGGCGUCGAGCACGCGCGCCGCGCUGUAUGCGAGCGUCGUGGAUGGCCUCCAGACGUCCUUCUUGGUGCGCGCGUUGCAGAGCCACUUGAGCGGCGACCUUGCCGCGUGGCUCGUCGAUGUGCCCACCGGUAACUUUGCGUACUUGAAGUGCUGCCUCCUCACACACGCCACGACACGUGAUCGGUCUCUGCUCGACACACGCGCCAACGACUUGGAAGAGGAUGCCAUUUUGUUGCCUCCGGCAGCUACGGCGCUGGCGGCCGCGUAUGGCUCGACGACGCAGGAAGACGCUUUGAAAGCCAAGAAUCCGCACCCAGAGAGUGGCCGUCUGGUCGGUCCAGCGAUGCAACUUGAAGAUGCCGACGCGACGACGUCACAGAAUCCGCCACCCGCGAUGACCCCGCCUCUGCGUGGUGCGUGCGCAUCGAGCCCAUUUGAAGCGCACGUACAAGCAAUCGAGAUUGACCGUGAUCCGCCCAUCACCCCAGCUAGUACUCCUCCGACGACAAUCCACAUCACGUGCACGUACUGCCGUGGGUUCUAUCACGUCGACGCGGUGUGCAAGCGCUUGGCGCUGGCGGUGCGCGACAAGAUUGUUCGCAGCGGGUAUACCCUCCCGGACGGCGUGGCGUUUCCAGUGUAUACCAGUGACAGCCUCGUCGAGGAAGAUCGCCGCUUCUGCACCUACUGCCAGUCCACACGCCACUUUGACAUGAAGUGCAAGGAGCGCGCCAAGGACAAGAAAACAAAGUGCUUGCGUCGUGGCUACGUGGCGCCGACCAAAGCCGGACCGCCGCUCGCCCCACCGGCGCAGACGACAACGAAGACAGCCAGAAAGCGCCAACGCGCCGGCAGCGGCCCCGACGACGAGACGUGCAACGAGUAG